GUUUUAUCCUGUCGCCUCUGUUGUGUGCUUCACCAUUAAUAAAGCUUUGCAAACUCUUCCUGCUUAAGACAAGCCCAAAAUAAAGCACUCAAUUUACUUUUUUUUUGAAAGACUAUAGAAUCAGUUGAGUGUUUGCUGGGAUCAGAUUGCUCAUAACAUAAACAUGGCGGCUAAUCAGCAAGAAUCGCGACUUUCCUUGAAGCUGUUGAUAGAUGAGAAGAGCAAUCGGGUAGUUGCUGCGGAAGCGCACAAGGAGUUUGUGGAAAUACUUUUCAGCUUCCUCACCCUCCCCAUGGGAACGAUAGUCAGGGCCACCAGUAGUGCAGAGACAGAAGACCCUGUAACAAUCGGGUGUAUGAACAAUCUGUACCGUGGUAUUGAAAAACUGAGCAAUGAAAAUUGGGAGACAGAGAAAUGCAAGAGAAUGGUGCUUCAUCCACGAAAUCCACUAGGGUUCUUCUGCCAGAAGUUGAAAGUGAACAUCGAUGAUUCUUGGUCCAAUACGAAGUACAAGUGUUCUCGGUGCGCUUGUUUGAGCUGGCACCCAAAUUUAAGCUGCAAAUGUAGACAGAAGACAAUCCUGAAAAUUACGGGUGAGGUAAAGAAUGAGGGUGCGUUUUUGGGGAAGGGGAGGACAAUGUUCAUAAUCAGUGAUGAUUUACAAAUCAGACCUGCUUGUCCAAUCGUUCUAGCUCAACUUCUAUCCAAUCUGGGUUUAAGUGAAAUUGAUGGAAUCAGGGAGAUGUUGGUAGAAGUUAGCAAGGAGCAGGUAAUCUGUCUGCUUGCACGUUCACUGGUUUCAGAGUCUCCUUUGACUGAUGUGUUUCUGCCAAAUCCUAAUCCUAAUCAAGGAGCAUUAUUGAGCAUGCCUGAGAGAAAAUUGCCCAAGACUGAGAGGACAUUGCAGACAACUGAACAAAAUGAGGCCCCCACUCCCACUCUGAAUCUUCAAGUAACAUUAAACAAGUCAACAAACAAGUUAUUGUUUGCUAAGGCCACUAAUGAGUUCUUUGAUUUCCUCUGUACCUUUCUAACCAUUCCUCUUGGAUCGAUCAUACAUGUUUUCAAAGGAAAGCUGGGGUUAGGAGGAUGCAUAUACAACUUGUACAACAGUGUAGAGGAGUUAGAAGAUAAAUGGAUUUGUUCUAGCGUUAAGUCUGCUAUUCUCAAUCCUUGGAUUGCGCAAUAUCAUAACUGCAAGAAGCAGCCUCUUAAAUUGAAUGAACUAAUAGAGAGCAAAUAUCUGGUUGACCCUAGGCCUAACAAGAAUUUUGCAGGGGAACCUUCUUUAUUCAUAGUUUUCGACAAUUUGGACGUGAAGCCUUUGUCUUCUGCUUCAAGUUCCCUCAUAUUGAGGGAACUAAAAGUUCCUUUCAGUGAUGUUGAAGAACAGGUGAUCACCGUCGGAAUGAAAGAGGCAUUGAGCUUACUGAAGGCAGCUCUUACAUCACCAUCAUCAGCUCUAACAAAUGGCCUAGCCUCCUUUUGGCUGAAGAAGAAGCCGUUUACUGAUUUUCUUAGUUUAAGUCUAUCAAGAUUGGUUUUUCUUUUUGUGAUCUUUUGCAAGCUAGGGACACAAGAAGUUUAAGCCUUCUCAGUAAAUCAAAUGUGUCUUCUAUCUAUUGGAUAUUCAUGAAUUGGAAGAUUCUACUACUAUUAAAAAGGGAUUUUGUUGUCCAAUUAGAGAGAAUAUUGGAAUGAAAAAUAGGAGUGGUGUGUAGCAUUACUUUUUGUUAACAAUGUUGAGCUUUGUAAAUGUAGUAUUGUAUUGAAGUUGAUAGUGUUCAUGAAUUUCAAUGCAUAAUGAAAGUAUUACAAUA